AACUUAUAAAAUUUUGGUAGCAGCCGAAGAAUCAAAUAUUUCAUUUAACGCAAUUCAAUAUGCGUUUGAUCUAUGUUCUAGGCUAAGUGCUUCAUAUACUUUAUCGAUUAUUUAUGUCGUUGCUUUAAAUCCAGAAACUAACGUGCCAUUUAUACAUAGUCUAGAUAGAGCUAGUAAUCUCAAUAUUCUCCUAGAAGCAAAAGAAACAGUUGCUAAAAUAAAAGAACAUUUAAAGAAAUUUGAAUCCAUCCAUCCAAAUGUAAAGUAUCAAUUUAUUGAACACGAGGAUCAUGGCUUGGUUGGAGAAAUUUUGAAAGGUUACAUUGAAAAAAAGCAACCUGAUUUGAACUUGUUAAUAGUUGGAUCAAGAAAUCUAGAUGGUUUACAAAAGGUCUGUGCAUUAUUCCCUAGAGCUUCUUCAGUGCUUUCCCUUGUAUUGAGCUCUACAAGUGAUUAUUUGGUCAAAAAUAUUCGAUGUCCGGUUACAAUCGUUAAACCUUGA